AUGCACCGGAUGCAGAAGCACCGCGGCAUCGUCGAGCCCGCGCUGACACGAGUGUGGCACGAGCUGACGUGGCAGUGUUGCCGGCAGGAGAACGGGCUCGCGAUCGACGUCGGCGGAAACUACGGCUGGUACGCGCUGCUGUCGGCGACCAUCGGCUGUGAGGUGAUCACCUUUGAGCCGGUGCCCGCGCACGUUGCGAUCAUGCGGAAGGCGUUGAGUCUCAACCCGAAGCUGGCAGGGCGCGUCCAGAUCCACCGCGCGGUUGUCUACGACACGCAGGGCGUCUACAAUAUCAGCGUACCGGUCGCGAUGACAACGGACGAGGAGCCGAAUGGCACGCUGAAGACGCUCGGCAUGACGGGCAUGUCCGGCCGCUAUGGCGUGCUCAAGCGCAAUCCCAACGACGCCGAGCCGGGUGGCGCGUACGCGGUGACGGCGCCCUCGCUGCGCAUCGAUGACGUGCUGGCGGCGGCCGACGCGUCGCACGACGGCGGUCGCGGCCGCGCGCCGCGCCCGGUAUAUAUGCUUAAGGUGGAUGUCGAGGGCUAUGAGCCGCAGGUGAUGCGCACCGCGAAGCGCACGCUCGACUCGGGACGCGUGCGCGCGGUGCAGCUCGAGAUCAACCGCAUGUACACGCGCGCCGGGGUGCGCCAGAACUCGCACACCGUCGAGAUGCUCGACGACCUCGAGACGCGCGGCUUCGCCAUGCGGCAGGUCCCCGGCUGCCCCUUCGCCGCGCGCGUCGGCGGGCCGUGCGUGGACGCCGCCGAUGCGGCGAUUGUCGACGUGGGCUGGAAGCGAUGGCAGGAGGCGCCCUCCUUUUGGAACCAACUCGCGCCCUUCCCCUCCAAUCGCAGCCGAUUGUUGUCGCUCCGCCACCGACGCGCAAAGUCGCGCGAGCGGAGCAUCUUUGUGCACUUUAACGAGACGACGCGCUGGGCGGGGCCCGUGAGCGCGAUGGAGCGGGCCUUCCGUAACGACAUCCUCAGCAGGAGCUCCAACCUCGCCGGAAUCGGCCCCGCCCACCAAAGACAGAAAAAAUAA